AUGUCCACAGUUAAUACCCGUUUUAGUGACAUCACAAACCUGAAAAUGCCUCUGUACGGGGAGGUGCUCGAUGCGCGUAAAGGCCGCUGCGCUGUGGCCUCAGCGGCGCUACGCGCUGGAUCUUGCGUGCUCCGUACAUCCGCUGUGUGCGCCGUGUCUUCCUCUUCCUGUGGGUGGUGUUUUACGCCCCAAGCCGCUCUCCAGCGCUGUACAGGCUGCCGUAAAGCUCGCUACUGCUCUCGCACAUGUCAACAGCGCGACUGGCCGCAACAUCGGCGCGAAUGCCAGGCUUGGCGCUCCAUCCCAGCCAACAAUACUUCACCUACCGUCUUGCUGGUGUCUCGUAUUGCUGACAAGCUUUUUCUAGGCUCUGAAAUCAACCAGGAAGAGAAAAAUCGUGUGCUGAAGCUACGACAUCAUUUAGAUGACCACACGGAGCUUCAGCGGCAACAAUUCCAUGAAAUGACGCAGUUAAUACUUCUUCUUUUAUCUAGAUAUAAAGGAGACAAAGGGAAGCAGAUCCCGAGCUUCGAUAAACUCCAGAACGACCUGGAACCAGAGAUACUCAAACUCUUUGGACUAGUCAAUUGCAACGCCUUCUCGAUCGCAAACGACGUGACCAACGAAGCUGUUGGCAUCGGAUUGUUUCCCGAAGGAGCACUAUUUAAUCACGACUGUGACCCAAACUGUGUCGUGAGUUUUAAAGGCCAAGAGAUGAAGGUGCAUGUGAUUAAGGACGUGGAGCCGGGGCAGGAGCUUACAGUCUCGUACGUUGAGUUGCUGCAGUCGACCAAAAAGAGGCGAACUGAGCUGAAAGCCUCGUACUUCUUUGAGUGCCACUGCACACGCUGCUUAACGGAGACGACGGACGACUGGUAUCUGGAUGGACUUGAAUGUACCAACAAGGAAUGCGUCAAUGGUGUUGUAGUGGUGGCUGACGGUGAUGUUGAUAAUGCUAUCUGUAAAUUAUGUGGCACUGCACGUAGUGGAGCUGAGAUUAGUAGAUACGAACAUGAGAUGAAGAUGGUUGAAGCACUGAAGGUUAACUCUGAAGAGGACAAGUGGAAAAUGUAUCACCAGCAAAUGUGGGAAAUUGCGACGACUAAGCUGAAUUUACAUCCACGGAGCACACGGGUAGCUGUGAUGGCGCGUGAGAUCAGCAAUUUCCUGCUAAAUGCAACGUCUGUGGAGUUACAGCGCCAAGCUCUUCGGUUUUGCUGGGUAGAGCUACGCGCAGUCGAGUGGCUACUACCAAAGACCAAACUCCCGUCUAGAGGUCUCCUGCAUUUCCAGAUCGGUAAGCUUUUAUUCAAAGAAGUUACCACUUCUAUGUCGUCUGUAGCUCGAGCUGAACAGCUUCAAAACACUACGAAACAUCUUCAAGAAGCUCUUUCAGUGUUGGACUGCGCAUGUGGAAGCGACAGCGAUGCAGUGCAGGCUGCGCAGUUGAUGCUGGACGACGUUCGUCGCGCCGUUCAGCUUCCUUAA